AUGCCUUCUGUGUCCGCCAGUCUCGCUGCUCUGCUCCUGGCAUUGCUACCAGCGGCGUAUUCCACCCCCCUUGUUCCGCGCUUGGAGGUCAAAGACUAUUAUCCCCAGAUCAAGCGACUCGCCGCCAUCGGUGACUCGUACUCGGCGGGAAUCGGUGCCGGGAAACAGCGCUCUGAGGCCGGCGCCGGAGACUGCUACCGCUACGAUGAGUCUUACCCGAGUUUACUCAAUCAGGACGGGCGACUCGGAGGCUCCGACGGCCACGACUUUACGUAUUUGUCUUGUUCGGGGGACGAGUCUCCUCAGAUUCUCGAACAGGCGAAGAAGCUAGACGGCGAAUAUGAUCUGAUCACCAUUUCUGCAGGAGGCAACGACCUGGGCUUCAGUGAAAUAGUCCAAUCCUGCAUUUAUCGUGCGGUGUUCUGGAAGGAUUGCGAGAAGCCACUGAAGCAGGCCGAAAAGGUGCUUGAAAGCAAAGAAUUCGAGAAAAACAUCAAAGCCCUCCUAAAAGAAAGCAAGAAGCACCUGUCCCGCGACGGCCAGAUGUACUAUACGGGUUAUGGCAAAUUCUUCAACGCCGAGACCACGCAGUGCAACGACGUGGAUUGGACAUUAGUCCCCGAAUACAAGCCCACCAAGCUAGACCAGAAGCUGCGCGAGCGCACCAAUAAGAUCGUUAACGCGUUGAACGAGAAGCUGAAUGGCUGGGUUGGCGAGGCUGGAGGCAAGUUUGUGAACUACGACAAGUACACGGAAGGUUGGCUCCAGCGCUUCUGCGACGAGGGAGUCACAGAACGGAACCCGUGGAGUGACCACGAAGACGACGCCUGGAAUCAAAUGUGGUUUCAGGUGCGAUUUGGGGCCGAUGACCUGAAGAAACGGGCGCUCGAGCUGCGGAAGAAGCGAGGCACCAAGACAAGCGAUGAUCUGGACGAUUAUAAGCCCGAAGAAGGGAAAUUCAGUGACAUUGAUCAGAGAUCGCUACCCGUUGAACUCUUGAAGGUCUUUCACCCUACGCCCGUUCUCAACACCUUCAUCUCCAACCUCAUCGUCCUCAUGGUUGCGGAGCGGCAGGCUCGGACCGAGAACCCAGAUAUCUCCCUGGAGAAAGUCGCGCUGGAGGUCGAAGAGGGCACCUGUAAGAACGACCAGGAAGAGGACAAAGUGAAAUGCAACUCGGAGGAUCGCCGAGCCAUUAAAAACGGCGAGUUCCUGGAUCACAUCAACAAUCUAUGCGAGGAGGUGGAGAGUCGUCUCAAGAGGAAAGAUGAUUGGCCGUACCUCCUUCACGCAGAGAGUUAUGGUCCUUUGGUGGAGUUGAACAUCAAGAAGGAAAAGAGCGACGCCAAGCUCCCUGAUAAAGAAAAAUGCAAAACCUACUUGAAAAAGACACUUGACGACUGCCGCAAGGGAAAGGAAUGGAAAAAGGGCGGCAGCAUCAUCCACGACGGCAUCAAAUACGAGUCCGCCGUUCGAGUCAAUGAUCACUUGUGGUGUCAGAACGCCAGUGCCGACCUGUCAGACUACGUACAAUUAGAACUAUCCAAGUACAAAGAGGCCGCCGAGGACUUUUGCGGCUCGGACAUCAGUCGGAAAGCCGGCAAGGAGGUGGACAAGUUUACGUCCUCGUUGCCAAGUCUCAGCAGCAAGAUCAACCUUUCUAUCAAUAUGGGUGAUAGCCAGGGUGGGUGUCUUGGUCCCAAGGAGUACAAACCGUCCAAGGAGGAAUGCGUGGAGAAAUUCAUGAAGAUUGUCGGAAACUGCAAGGAAAAGGACGGCAAGAGCUACGGUGCCGGGGGAACCUUUGAUACGCCAAAGGGAUGUGUUGAUUACAGAGCCGAAGGGCUGUCGCACAUCAUAAUCCGGUAGGUCUGAGAUGGAAUUUCUCAAGAAGGCGUCUUGUGGAUAUUUUCCUCUUUACUGCAUCGAUAAUG